UUGAAAUUUUAACCAUAGAUGCUUUUAGUAAAGGAAAACCUCGAGGAAAACAUAGUCAUAGUCUUUUGGGGAGUAUUGAUAAAUGCAUGGAAAAUGCGCAGUAGUUACUCGAAAAGCGAAAACCUUUUUACUUGUUAAGAUUAGAACUCGCUGUUGCUAGCGGUUAAACCGCACUCUCGACCGCACUAUUCCGAUGUUUAAGACCCUCCAUUGAAUAAAUGCAACCAAUAAACUUCCUAACGCCUAACAUAAGGUUGUUUAUCAACUACGGGGUAAAUAGUUAACAGUACAUAUAGGAUGACAAUAUCAGACACAACCUAGGAUCUAAUUUUAGGGCGAUAGAAUUUGUAGAAAUAGAAUGGAAAAAUGAUUCCGAGUUAUUAGCUGACGAAGCAAAUUAACACUUUCCUGCGCGUAUAGUGUAUCUAAUCAUGUGAUGAUAAUGUAAUCCAUGAAGCCAACAGGAUUAUUAAAUUACACCUGAUAUACUUACCGUGUAUAAAGAACACAUUAUUUAAAAUGGGAGUUACAUUGAAGAUGGUAAUCCUGGCUGUGUUUUUAAUAUCUAGUGUUACAUGGUUUCUAUACAUUCAAUUUUUUUUAUUGCGCCCAGCUACAUCUAGUUACGCUUCUCCUACCAAACGGUACAUUGACUUGGAGAAAAAAGUGUGUUCCAACCCUAAAUUAAAAGAGAAAAAAAGUUGGGCGAAACAACAGUGUCCAAAAAAUGGCAUAGUUACUUCUGCAACUGAAGGACGACUUGGUAAUAAAAUGUGGUCUUAUAUAUCUGUAUGGGCAGUUGCCAGAGCUGUUGGUUUGGAUCCCUACGUUCCACGUUGUCUCCGUAGUCCACUGGACCAAAUUUUUGAUCGUCUUUCAGUGCCAUUGAUUGAAGAAAUCUCGCAUUGUCCAUUUGACGAGAAAAAUGUUGUGAACAGUUUGGAUUCGUGGCAACACAUGAAUCAGAGUAUAGUAAUACCGUCAUUUGCGUUUCAACAAAAAUUAUCGGUAAGAUGGGCGCAGGAUAUAAGAUGCGAAUUUAGAUUCAAAAAGGAACUGAUUAAUAAAAGCCAAAAUAUUUUAAGAUUAGCUUCUCAGAAACGCACAAAUUGUACGUUUGUGUCGGUGCACAUUCGAAGAACAGAUUAUCAAGCGUAUCUGAAAAGAAAAUAUUCCAUUCGUCUGGCGAAUACAAGUUUUUACUACUCCGCCAUGAAAUACUUUGAAUCAAAAUAUUCGAGCGUCGUUUUCAUCAUUUCGAGUGACGAUCCUAAUUGGUGUUCGAAAACAUUUAAAGAGAAAAAUAAUGUAUACAUUACAGGGACCAGGGUUUCCCCCGCUUUAGAUUUAGCCAUAAUGAGUUCGUGUAAUCACUCAAUAAUUGAUUAUGGUACAUUUGGAGAGUGGGGUGCUAUUUUGGCCGGAGGUGAGACAAUUUUUUAUAAUAUUGGUCGACCACACAGUACUAAUGAUUUUGCAAACAAUAUGCCGGAAUGGCGUGGACGUGUUUAAGUAGAUUGUGGUAUCAACUCAGAAGUCAAGAAGAAAAGUGGAACUUUAAGACACACUCAGCCGCAUGCGUACACAAAUUAGGAAGCUAAUACUAGGUAACAUGUACUCCCAACAUCAGAUCUAUGUAUAAUUAAACUUUUUUUGGAUCAAGUAGUUUUAUCUUUUUUCCUACCAUGUUGCUUGAAAAUUCAGCUUGGUAUCAGUUACAACCAAUAUUCGUUUCCGGGACGGAUUUUUGAGAUGUG